UUGUUCCCGGGAGUUUAAGCUGCAGCCGUGUGGGUUCAUCCCCUGUGAGAGAUGGAGGAGCUCUACACUUUAGAGAGGGAGGUCGGACGAGGCAGCUAUGGUGUGGUCUUUGAGGGCCACAUGGCCAAAACGGGACAGAGGGUGGCCAUCAAGCGUUUGCCCUGCAGCAAACCGGAGUGCAUUGAACUCUACCUGCAAGAGCUGUGGGCCAUGAGAGCCACAGCCAGGAACCACGUCAACGUCAUCGCACUCCACAGCUGCCUCCUGCAGACGGGGCCAAGGAGUCUGAGGACCCUAAAACCAGGGAAACUGCCACUACGUCUAGUUGAGAGCGUGCUAAAGGGCACUGUAGUCGGACCGCCGCAGGGUGGGGAAAGGAAUAAUUCCCAGUCCAACACUCAGAGGAGGGUUAACUCUGUCUCCAGACUUCAGGACAGGACCAACACCGUCCAGGCCAGGGCUAAACCUCAGGAGAAGACUAAAUCAAAUUCAUCCGAUUCUUCGACCCCGCAAAGGCCUCAAAACAGAGCCAGGAAGAGACCGGCCGAGAGGGAGGAAGAGCAGGCGGCACCCCUGCGCUGUUUGGCUCUGUGGCUUGUGAUGGAGUACUGUGAGGGCGGCGACUUGAAUCACUACCUGCUCUCCAGGCCGCCUGACGCACAGCGUAACCACAGUGUGGUGCGGCAGCUCAGCAGCGCCGUGGCAUUCCUUCACAGCCUGGGAAUAACUCAUAGAGACCUGAAGCCUGACAAUGUGCUGGUCUCUGUUACACCUAAAGGCCCUGUUGUCAAGGUGGCAGACUUUGGUCUGAGCAAGAUGAGCGAGGGCUGGAUGGACGGUGAUGUGACCAGGCAGCACUUCUCCUCCAUCUGCGGCUCUGACUUCUACAUGGCUCCAGAGGUUUGGGGCGGACUGACAUACUCAGCCCAGGCGGACAUCUUCUCCUUGGGUGUGAUGUUCUGGGCCGUCCUGGAGAGAAUCACCUUCGUGGAAGAAGGCGCCUACGUGUGUAAAGGCCGCUGGCUGAUGCCGAUCGGGGAAGCUCUGUGGGAGAACACCGACCUCCAGCUGUGCAUCCCGAUGAAGUUUAAGAGGGCUCCCCCGCUGCCACCCCCUCCCGGUCCAGCCGUGUGCGCCCUGCUCUCAGACAUGCUCUCCUCAAACCCGGAUUCUCGGCCCCCCGCGGACCAGCUGGAGGCCAUAGUGCGCUCUGCCCUGAAAGAGGACUCCCACUGACUCCUAAGAGACCACAGAGGCUAUAACCACUAUGGCCUCUACAUGUAAAUAUUGAGUGUGGACC